AAUUAUAUCAAAAUACAAAACCAUUUCAGUGUUUUAGUUUCAGUUCUCAAUUUCAGUUUCCGCUCUGUUUUAGCUUUAUAAUGCUCCAUCCCCCAUUCUCAAAUCCCAAUCCCAAGUCUUUUUCACUCAAAUGUUUAAAAUAGUGGUCAUCAAGCUCUAAGUUUUAGUGGGGUUUUUUCCUUAUGGAUUUUGGGGCUGUGGGUUAUGAUGGGUUUGGUGGGGGUUCAGACAUUGGCUUUGUUACUAGUUCAGAUCAGGAGGGAAAGAACAAGCGGUACGGAUCUGGGCUCCAGAAGCAGGAGAGAUCUGUGGCCGUUGAUGAAGAACAUUGGAGGAGCUCAAAACAGACCAAGGCUAGUGAUGAUUUUUCUUCAGCGCCCAAAAAAAUGCUGCAGCUGAACACUGGUUUGAUGAGGACUAAUUCCACCAGCUUUGAUGGGCAGCAGUUACUGAGCUUCUCUAACUCGCCCAAAUCAGAAGCUCAAAAUGCCUCAUUGGACUCAUUGCCUAGCUACUUUCAACAAGCUGUGUCUACUUACCAUAGAAAUUCAGGCAACAACAAUAGUGGGAGCUAUAAUGGAGCUACAGUACAAUCUGUAGCAGGAGGCAGAGGACCAUUUACUCCUUCACAAUGGAUGGAGCUAGAACACCAGGCCUUGAUCUACAAAUAUAUCACUGCAAAUGUGCCUAUACCAUCCAAUCUGCUCAUCCCCAUAAAGAAGGCCCUGGAUUCUUCUGGGUUAUUUUCACCAGGACUCCUCAGAUCCAAUGCAUUUGGAUGGGGUUCUAUCCAUUUGGGAUACGCCAAUAGCACCGAUCCUGAGCCGGGGAGGUGUCGUAGGACCGAUGGGAAGAAAUGGCGGUGCUGGAGAGACGCAGUCCCUGACCAAAAAUAUUGUGAGCGGCACAUCAACAGAGGCCGCCAUCGUUCAAGAAAGCCUGUGGAAGGUCAAACUGGCCAGUCCGUUGCUGUUACCGCCACCACUGCCCCCUCAAAGCAGCUUAUGCCUGGUGGAGGUGGAGCUAGUAGCCUCACUAUAGCCAACCAACAGCUCAAGAGCUUGCAGCCUGCUACUGCUGCAUCUAAUUCUUCCACACCCACUCAGAUGAGCAGGAUGUUCAUGAACAAAGAUGGUGUGAGUGAUAGAAUGCAACACUCUCCAGACCUCUCCAUGUUGUCCAAGGAAAACAUAUUCUUGAGUCAGAAACAGCAACUUGGGUUUGAGGAAUCCUCAUUUGGGCUUGUCACCUCUGAUGCUCUCCUCAACCCUUCACAAAAAAGGUCCUCAAAUUCAAUGAUGAGCUGCGGAAACUUUGAUAUUACCUCACAGAACCUUACUGUCCAAGAGACAGAGUCGCAACAUCCCCUCCGCCACUUCAUUGAUGACUGGCCUGAGAACCCGACUGAAAGUGCAGCUGUUGUUGCCUGGCCUGACCACCUUGAUAUGCAAUCAGACAGGACUCAGUUAUCCAUUUCAAUCCCUAAGGCAUUAGCUUCCUCAGACUUCAUACCAUUGACUUCCUCUACGAACAAUGAGAAGCUCACUCUCUCACCGCUCAGGGUGUCUCGUGAGCUCGAUUCAGUCCCAGUGAGUUUAGGAGUGAGCAGCAAUAUGGAGCAACACAAGAAACAACCAAACUGGAUUCCGAUCACAUGGGAGCAUUCAGUUGGCGGUCCUCUGGGAGAGGUUCUGCACCAUACCAAUAUCAAUUCAGCGGAAUGCAAGAAGUCUUCAGUGCUUAAUCUCAUGACCGAGGGCUGCGAUAACAACAGCCCUUCAUCAUUAGGGUCUUCUCCAACCGGGGUCUUGCAGAGUACUGCAUUCGGGUCCGUGUCUAGCAGUGCAGGGAGUAGUCCAAGAGCAGAGAAUAGGAAUACUCUUGAAGGGGCCAGCCGUUGCAAUGAGCUACUUGUAUUUCCUGCCUUGUAAGCUUGUAACCAUAUGAAGAAACUCAAGAACGGAUGAGUGAUCUGUGUGCUUUUUUAAAUGUGUACUGCCAUCCAUAAUAGUCACUGGCUCCCAGCCUUCUGGUAGUUAACUUGUUUUCUUGAACUGAAGUUGCAAACUUUGACAAAUACGCUAGAGGAAUAGUAUUUGAUCAUGAAUUUGUUAUUGCUCACCGGGUCUCUCAUCAUCAUGAACUUUAGGCUGAUUUCCACAACAUUAUUUGCUGAAAGUGUGUAUAUUUGGUCCAAAACUCCAAACUUGAGAUUUAUUCUUGUAAGCUAACUGAUUGAAUAUAACAAACUCUACUUACUUAGCUAGCGAUUCCUUAUAUAUAAGGAGCUAAUCUGUUCCUGCCCAACUCAUUCUGCAUGUGUCAAUGCAGUUUUGAUCAACGCACACACGCCAUGUUCCGGCCGAGGAAUUCAAGCGAUGAGGUAAAGUCGGGGUCCAUCCAGGCAUGGGCGUAGCCACAUUAGGGCUGGAAGGGCAAUUGACCCAUCUCAAUUUCUAGGUGUUCUUAUUUGGUCGGAUGACAAAUCUACAAUUGCAUUCUUUUUAUCAUAUAAAAUACCA